AUGGACCGAGAUAUUCAGCAACCAAAUGCCAUGGACCCAGACAAAUCGCAACCUGAUGCCUUGAACCGGGACAAGACGCAAUUAGACCAGUUCUUGGCUAACCCGCUCGAGCUGCUGUGGCUCCUCGGUUUCUUCAACCAGUUCCACGCCCGCCACUCCGCCACCGUGCUCGAAAACGUUGCCAACGAGGUCGAAGGGGCGGCGGUGGUGAAAACGGCUACUCCCAAGCUUGUGGACCAGCUCUGGCUCCAGUUCCACUACCCAGUGAUCAAAUACUAUAAGUAUGCCGUGGCGCAAGUGUUUAUCGACUGCCGGGAACAGUUUGAGCUCACCAAGCAUUUCCGUCCUCGGGCGAUCGAAGCCCGCAAGAUCUACCAAGAGUUUGUCAAGCUUAGCAAGUUGGUGAAGCGGUUUUACUUGGAGUUGGCGCAACAGCUCUUAAGGCUGUACUCGGUGGAUAUCGUGCCCCACCGCAUUCAAAUGAGAUUAGCUGGACCUACCACGCUGCUGGCGACGGAAAAAUUAUCUGAACCAUUACUGCAAGUGCUUGGUUUGACCAUUCACCGUCUCAUUGUCGCGUUGGCGGAUAUUGAACGUCACUUGGUGUCGGUGGACCACACCUAUGUGCGUCCGUGUUUAUCUUAUAAAGAGUGGCGUCAAAGCCGUGAUGCUAAGGGGAUGGAGAAGCUGGCUCGCUUAAUCAAUGACUACGGUCCUGCUUUGGAUUACUACCACGACUGUAUGAGAAUUAUGCCCACCGUGGGUGAACCUUAUAACCAUAUAGGGAUGAUCUAUAACUCGAUCGACGACCGGUUCACCGCAUUAUACUGGUUUAUCCGCUCUCAGUUUACGCGUACGGCCCAAGUCGACGUUGCCCAAAAGAAUUUCCACGCGUUAAUGGCGAAAGGUUGGUUCAUCAACCAAUUGAGUAAAGUGAGCCUUGUUGACGUCAAUGUCGUCGGCGGCGUGGCUGAUUUGAAUAACAUGUUGGUGCUGCUAUGUGGGUUUGUCUACAUGCCUGAAGUAUACGUUAAAGGGCGUGCUGCUCAAGGCGCUACUCAGUUCAUCAAUGGUAUCCCUCAUCUGAAGAUGGAAGCAUCGUUCUUUACGGUGUUGGCACGUGACGUUGAUGCCAUCUGUACCCAAUUGCCUGACUUGUUCAUCCAGCAUUUAUCGGUAUUAUUUGGGUUUUGCCGGAUCAUUGGCAAUACUCGUAAACAGGUGGCGAUGAAGGCGAUUAAGCGGUUGACUUACCGUUAUAUUGAUACCUUAUUUGACAUGAUUGCCACCUAUAAAGGUGAUGUGUUGCCGCUGGCGUUGCUUGUAGCCAUGCGUUUAGUAUUGGCGUGGUUAAAGGAAGAUUCCACUGCUCUUAGUGGCUUCCAUGAACGCGACCAGCUGGUGAUGGCAUUGGCUAAAGUCCUCAACCGUUUGGGAGUCAAGGGGUGGCCCACUACUCGUCCUGUCAGAGCCUACUAUUUCCACGAAGAUGUUGAUUUACGUGAUUUCAGCUUGAUCAAUAACCGUUUCCGCGACUGUGACGAUGAUGCCGUGUUUGAUUCCGUCGACUUCAUGGCGGGUGACUUCCUGGCGUUGAUUGAUCCUACCAGAGGCCCGAUGUUUUUGCCUCCUGGUUGCACGCUGGUGCCGCAAUAUGAAGAUGCCUUGCGGACAGCGGCGAUCUUGGUGGUUGGCGAUAGCGUGCUUGAGUUUAACCGGGCUGGUUUUGAUAAGACUGACCGCGGUUACGUGUACGAUGCCAAGAAGCGGAAAGCCUCAAAAGAGCCUAAACCGAAGAAGAAGAACAAGAAGAAUGCGGAUCACGGUAAUGCCAAUAGCAAUGGUAAUGGUAACGGCAAUGCCAAUAAUGACGGCAGUUACGCAGCCGUAGUGUCAAAGCCUCCCGCCGCUCAACAAGCCCCACCGAACGUGGCUCCUUCGCUUUCAGUCCUGGCCUCGAUUGGACCGCUGGUGGGACCCGCUGACUCGUUGGAACACCUCCAAACGCAAAUGAUGAACCACAUUCAAAAUACGCUUAAAGCCGCAGAGACUUCUCCCGCUGCUGAGACUGACUCUCAAGCCUCUUCUGUCGGAGUAGCGUCGGAAGAAGUGGCUGAGGUAGCUGAGAUCCAGUCGCGUCAGCAAUCAUUACAACCGGAAGAGGCUAAUUCACGAGUACUUGAGCUGAUGGUGGACUCGUUAGUGGAAGACGUAGCGCGAGUGACCGUCGACCAAUCGACUGAGCCAGUCCAUCAAGUUCCCACUUUGGCGACCCCCUUGGCUCCCACUGCUCCUACCAAUCCUGCACCAGUUCACGUGUCCGCUCCCGCUCCCCUUCCUGUAUCCUCUGCUCCCACCUUGCCAAUGCCUAGUGUGCAAGCUACCCCUACCUAUACCGCUCCUCAGCCACCACUCAUGCCUCAGGCGUACCCUCAAUACCAAGCUGCCGGCGCUUACGCCCCCUCGGCGUCGAUCUGGGGGCCUCAGUACAUGUCGCAGUACCCUCAGUACCAGACGCCGAUGUUUUCUGGGGGUAUGGCGCCGUCGAUGCCGUCAGCUCCAGGGUACCCUCAAGUGUAUGGCGAGCACAAGGACGACCCCUCUCAAUGGCAAUUCCUCCAGUGA